GUGUGUGUACGUAAUUCACAGUCACUCCCCACCCAAAGGACGUUUACAGUUCCACUGGACACACCACCGCGACGUUGCCAACGGAACCGUGGAUUCCCAAACCCACCACCAACUACGAACCCAUGGCAUCGUUCGGAAUCACCGCGGGCUCACGGACGUUCCUCCUUCCCAUCCCACCGGUGCGGCUCAUUCCGUGGCGUCGUGUCACGGAAACAUUCACGUCGACGACUGCGUCGGCACACGUGUCGUGGACGCAUCCCGUUUGGUUUUGCGUGGCGGGACGGCGCGGGACGUCGACCUAUUCCUUGCGCCAUUCGACCACCGCUCCUUCGACGUGGGCCCGCAACGGCGCCCGAUUGUACGCACGGCACGUGCUGGCUGCCGCCGCAGUCGCCGCGGCGACGGCGCGGCGGCGGACGCGUCUGGAGCAACUCGUGGUGGUCGAGCCCCCGUCGGAUUGGUUGCGGUGGGAAAAGAAAUCCUGGGCCGACGAAUUGCUCGCUAGUCUCGGACGGAAUAAACUGGAGCGGUUCGGGUCGGCCACGCGACGGAUUGCCUCCUUGUUGGUACUGGCCGCGCCUUUGACGCUCCUCGUGCCCUUGUCGUGCGUGUCGGAACGUGCCACGGCCUGGUCCUGGGCCUACGCGUUAUGGAGUAUUGAACAGGCCGGACCGACCUACAUCAAGUUGGUGCAGUGGGCCACCACCCGACAAGAUCUGUUCUCGCCCGAGUUUUGUCAAUAUUUUGGAAAACUCCGCGAUGAGACCACCGGACACGCCUGGCAAGCCACGGUGGACACGCUGUUGGAGGAUUUGGGCAUUGGCGCCGAUUUUCUGCAACUCGAAACGAAACCCAUCGGCUCCGGAUGCAUCGCACAAGUCUACAAGGGAAAGUUGACGCAACCCUCCGGUCCCUAUCCCGUUGGUACCGACAUUGCCGUCAAAGUACAACAUCCCGGAAUAUGGGACAAGGUCUGCGUCGAUUUUUACAUACUCGGCAAAGCCGCGGCCUGGUUGGAACGCAUACCCUACUUGAAUUUGUCCUACCUUAGUUUGGCCGACAGUGUCCGACAGUUUCGGGACAUUAUGCUCCCGCAACUCGACUUGACCCUGGAAGCCAAUCAUUUGCAACGCUUCAAUCGAGAUUUUCGGGACGACGAUCGGGUGGCCUUCCCGGAACCCUUGAAGGAACUUACCACCACCCGGGUCCUCACGGAAACCUUUUGUCACGGGACUCCCAUUCUGGAAUACACCAAGGCCCCUCCCAAGGUCCGCGAGGAACUGGCCUAUCUCGGACUCUCCACCACCCUCAAAAUGAUCUUUCUACACGACUUUUUACACGGUGACUUGCAUCCCGGCAACAUUCUCGUCAGUAACACCCCCAAGGGCGACAUUAAGCUGAAUCUGCUCGAUUGUGGAUUGGUGGUGGAAAUGGGUCCGGAACAACACAUCAACUUGGUCAAAAUCUUGGGCGCCUUUACGCGUCGCGAUGGUCGUUUGGCGGGACAGCUCAUGGUGGACACCAGUAGUCACUGCCAGGCCAGUCCGUUGGACGUCGAACUCUUCGUCAACGGCAUUGAACGAAUAAUUUUGGACGACGCCAAGAACAAUUUUGUCGAAAACGUGGGGGACUACAUUACGGAUAUCUGUUACAUGGCCUGCGUACGCAAGGUGAAACUGGAAGCUUCCUUUAUCAACGCGGCGUUGGCGAUUGAGAUUAUUGAAGGCAUUGCCCAACAGCUACAUCCGCAAAUCGUCGUGACGAAAGAAGCACUGCCACUCAUCGUCAAGGCGGAAAUGAUGCACCGGUUGCCCAAGUUUUCUCUCUGGUAA